CAUAUAUUUUGUUACUUAAAAUCAUUUUUUUAAUUGUAUCUUUCUCGGCGCCAAUUAUUUUGCGUUCCAUUUAUUUAAAGUUUAAAUUUUAAACAUUAUUUUUGGUACGAGUUGCGAGCGCGUCGUUUAUUAAUUUGUAGAAGAAAUUUAAAGUUGUAUUUGUGAUUCAAAUUCAGUUUUUGUCAAGUUUUCAAAUUUUGCGGUAAUAAAAAGCAGACAAAUAGAAACUGUCAGCAGCAAUCAAUGGAGAGUACUCAUAAUAAAGAAAAAAAUGUUUUUAAAACUCAUAAUUAUAAAAAACCAUCUGGUGCUCAAUACAGAAAACGUAAAGCAGAAAAAGUUAAUAAUUUGAAGAAAAAUUAUAAAAAACAUGAAAAUUUUUUUACAUCGGAAAAUAGUGAUUGUAAAAAAAUAAAGGAAGGAGAAAAUGUUGCGCAUGUACUUAGUGAUACAUCAAACAGCGAUGACGAAGACGGAAUAGUGUCAGUCGGAAAUGUUCACUACGAUGAAAAAGAUAUCGAUAACAAAAAUGAUGAUGGCCAAAAUGGUGAUGUAAAUGAUCGCACCAAAGAAACAGCAAUCGAUUACUCAGACUGUGGUUUGUGGCCAAAUCAUCGCAACAUUCAAUUUGUUGAUUAUGUAAUUAAUAUAGGUGCAAUACAAGUGAAUUUGGACACAUAUCCACGCGAUAAGAAAAGACGACAUUUUUCAAAUGCUUUUCAAAUUUUGCGGACAAAAAAGCUAGAAAAGUUAUAUUUUAAAAUUUAAUAACUCUUGUUUAUAUAGUUAGAGGAUUUAUUAUAUGUUUAAUAAAAACAUUUGUUAUAUUUAAAGCAGCGUUGCGUUGUCUAUUUA